AAAAUCCUUGCCUUUGCAAUUUUGCAAGUUAUCGUAAUCUGGGUUACUACGUCAACAACAUUGUUUUCACAGUAUAAUUAUGACUAUACCUAUUAAGUAGUAGAACUGUAAAGUAAUAAACUCACGGUUACACAUUUUUCUCAAAAACUGUGUACAAGUUUACACAUUAUGGUCUACCUAUGGGAGCAUUUUGUUACAAUGAAAAUGUUUACAACAGUAUUUCUGAAGGACUGGUGCUUGGAGUUUAAAAUUAAUUACUAGUUCGCAUGCAACUGGAUAAAUGUAGAUUAAAAUUAACAUUUGUUUGAUAAGAGUUCAGUCAAUUAUAAGUGUCUGAUGGCAAGAAGUGUGUCGACGGGAUACAACGAAAUCAUUAGCAACUACUGAUAACGAAAUUUGUGUAAGUUCUUGAAAAAUGCAUAGAAAAUUGCGUUAUCUCGCUAUAACCUUAUAAUAAAGGAACAGUGUGCAACACUAGUGGUGAGAUCGUUUUGAGAAAUGCUUCAUAAUCUUAUUUCAGAGAAUCAGCCUAUGAAUUGUUCCAGGAAUGGCUAAUCCUUGGCACAUCCAGAAAGUCCAGCGACUUUCCAACAAGGUUCGCAUGAAGCAGGCAUGAGGCUUAGGCGCAGAAAAAAUAGGUACCAGGUGAGCGGAUGGAAAGUAAUAAGGAGAUGUGUAGUGUUCUUUACCGCUGUUUGUGUAGUACCAGUACUGUUGGUACUACUAGUAGCCACAGAUCAUUACAUGAGACCGGUGAGGAAGAUCGGUUACGUACAACGUCUGACAAAAGAAAAGCAGAUAGAAGAUAAAGUAUUCCUGAAUCGCGACAUGAACGAAGUCAAACAACGACUAGAUCAGCGUAGACGCCAUAUGAAACGCACCUGCAAACUGUUGGGUCUGGACAAACCUGGAAACGACACCCUUCACAGGCCCAACCCAUGGGAGUUUCUGGUUGAUACCAAGAACAAGCUGGUUUGGUGCAACGUUUUCAAAGCAGCCAGCACUUCGUGGAUGUACAACUUCAAUAUACUGGCUGGUUAUAGUCCACGGUUCCUUAGCAAAAGUAAGCUAGUUCCCAUGGCGCUAGCUAGGCAACGCUACCCUAGACCUUCUCUAGAAGCCUUAAGAAAAGCAUUCAACGAUUCUGUAUCAUUUUUGAUAGCACGGCAUCCUUUUGAAAGAUUAUUGUCAGCAUAUAGAGACAAAUUGCAGUAUGCUUUGCCUCACACCCAUCAUCAGAAGCUAGGUCAAGAGAUAAUAAAGAAGUACAGGGAAAAGCUAAAGAAACAGCAACAGAACAUUUCUCAGCAACGAUGGCCUACAUUUCCCGAGUUUGUUGUAUAUCUGCUGGAUUCGAUCAGAAGUGGUCAAGCUCCAGAUAUGCAUUGGGCACCUAUUACUCAAUUCUGCACUCCCUGUAUGUUUGACUUUAAAAUUAUAGCGCAUACGGAAACUUUACAAGAUGAACAGGUUUAUUUAAUCAAGGUGGCUAAAUUAGAGCAUCUUGUCAAGCCUGAAUGGAGAAAUGCAGGCAAAGGAGCUACGUCACAAAACCUUAAGAAGUACUAUUCUCAGCUUACUAGGUCGCAAAUACUGCAGCUAUAUCAUUUUUAUAGGUAUGACUUCGAAUUAUUCAACUAUUCAGUACAAGAUUACCUGCAAAUGGGAAUACCAGACAGCGAUCCAAAUUUGCUGCUAUCUGCUAUAGCUACUAAAGAUUUUCAUCCAAAUGAGUGGCCCAAGAUUUAUUAGAUGCAGUUAACAGAUGGUGAACUUAUAAGGUGAAAAGUUGUAACUAAAAAUCUAAGGAAUGAAGUAUAUUAGAUUUAUAACACUAUUUACGUUGCAAAAUAAAUUCAUUAUGAGAAGCGUGUGUACGCCUCCUAAUAUGAUAAUCAAAAUAACACAAAAAUAUUAAAUCCUUAAAUGACAGCUAACAUCGUUGAUGUUUGUAGAUUAUAAUCUUUUGCAGAUAUUUCGAAAGAAAUAAUACAAAAACUAGGAAUAGUUACUAUUUUCUUUCACCAUAUUGUCACAGGUUAAGUACAGACUAGGGGAAGCUACGAAAAAAAACUGAGCACCAACGGCCACCAGGAAAGAAGCAUAAAAUAGUGAAUUUUGGAGUAAUCUCACAUUUCACCUGUCUUUUCAUCUAUAGUUCACUUAUUGAUCGAGUAAAGUGAGAGAGAAAAUAUAGAAAUAGCAGGCUAAGUUUCAUAAGCUACAUUAUGUUUAAGUUACUGUUUCAAUGAAACCAUUAAAAACAAGAAUAAAAAACUAUGCUAAAGUAUUUAUUCACUCAUUCUAUGCCUUGUUAUUAAUUUGUAAAUAUAUUUUAGAAAAUCUUCAUUUGUAUAUUUUUAUAAGCUCAAGUAGAACGUAAGAAUUUAUUUGUGAAUAUGAUCAAGUCAAUACAUCUUAGAAGAAAACAGUUAAUCAAUUUUCUGUAAAAAUCGUAUCAAAAAAUAAAGCUCAUAGGACCAUUAGAUA